AUGGAGAUCAUGGAUACUCAGUGUGCCUUGGAGGCUGUGGAGAGACUGCAAGCCAAAUUGAAGGAGCGAGGGGAGGCCCCCACUCAGGAGAAACUAUCCCUGCUGAAAACUGUCCUGCAGAGCCCCCUGUUCCUUCAUAUACUCAGCUUACAGCAAGCUCAGCGGAAGCCCCCGGCAAAGGGGAAGGGCCUUUCCAAGUCCGUGUCCAUGAACUGUGGCCCGUGCCUGGGUGCAGCGUUUGGCCUGAAGACACUGAGCCACAGUGACUCAUACACAUGGGCCAUGGAGAACCGAAGACCCAGCACUGCCAGAUCCAUGCACAGGGACGGCAGCAUGUCCUCUCUUGGCUCUCAGGAUCUGUCUUUCUCAGACAUCUACCCAGACAACUGCAUUCACACUGAAUCUCAGUACUGUACUCCCCCUCGAAUCUCCCGCACCAUGUCGAUGGGGAGAAAUCUCUCUGCUAUUGCACACGAGAGACGGCAUUUGGAAAUGAUAGAGCUGACCAAUGACGGAAAAGGACUUGGUUUUGGCAUUAUAGGAGGACGGAGCACAGGAGUCAUGGUCAAGACCAUCCUCCCUGGAGGAGCUGCUGGAAGGGAUAACCGCCUUCACAGCGGAGAUCAAAUCCUGCGCAUUGGAGACACAGAUUUAGUGGGCAUGAACAGCGAGCAGGUGGCACAGGUGCUGCGAAAUGCUGGGAGCAAGGUGAAACUGCUCAUCGCCAGGGAUAUUACCAAGGACAACCACCUUUCCUCUCCUGUCCUCAGCCAGGACAACUUGGACAGCAAGCUCGGUGACUUGAAUGAUGACUAUGAGUUUAGUGUGCAGUUCACUAAAAACAGCCGUGGCUUGGGAUUCACCAUCUCCAGCUACAUAGGUGACCUAAAUUCAGUCUACAGUGCCGGCGUGAUCGUGAAGAGCAUAGUUAAAGGCAGCACUGUCGAUCAAGAUGGGCGCAUACACAUUGGAGACAUCAUCCUGUCUGUCGAUGGGGUGAGCCUGCAGGGCUGCAGUGAACAGCGUGCCAUGGAAGUGCUGAGGAGGACAGGCCCCCUGGUCAGACUGAAGUUGCUGAGGAAAGCAGUGCGCCUGAGUCACAUCCUGCCCCCAGUACCCCCUCUGCAACCCCUCCGACACUCCCACAGCUUCCAUGAGGGCAAUCCCUACAGAGUGGGCCUCAACAAAAUUCAAGAGACAGGAAUCUGCUCUCUGCGUGAAAUCUCCCGGCGAGCAGCAUACGCCAACAGACGACCCCGACAUGAUUCCAGAACCGGUGUGAAACUUACUCCAGCUGAGGAGGAAAAUCUGAGGAAGAAGUGGCAGCAUGCAGUCGGACCCCGAUACGAAGUGAUUGUUUGUCAGCUGGAGCGUUUCACUGAGACAAGUGGUUUGGGCAUCAGUUUGGAGGCUCGGGCAGGACAUCACUACCUGUGUUCCAUCUUGCCUGAGGGCCCUGUUGGCCAAAGUGGCAAGAUUUUCGCUGGAGACCAGAUAUUGGAGGUGAAUGGGAUCCCUCUCAUUGGAGAAACACAUAAGGAAGUGGUCAAUAUUCUGAAGGAACUGCCAAUGCACGUAUACCUGGUAUGCUCUCGCAUUUUACCCCCGUCAGUUCCGGACAGCGAUGCGGAAGAGGAUGAUGAUGUCUGUCUCACCUUGAAAGAACUGCUGGCUGAGUUCAAUGAUAAGUUGGACCAGGGCUGUGUCAUUCCCUGUCCUACAGCUGAGGACAUCACCAAGCGUGGCGUGCCCCCCAUGUCACCUCCUCUGGCCAUGUGGGAGAGAGAGGCUCAGGUGGUCGAGCUGGAGAAAGGCGAGUUGGGACUGGGCUUCAGUAUCCUGGACUACCAGGAUCCAGAAGAUGCCACCAAGACAGUUCUGGUAAUCCGGUCCUUGGUGCCUGGAGGUGUAGCCGAUCGAGAUGGUCGCCUUCUACCUGGUGAUCGACUCAUGUUUGUUAAUGAAACUGACCUAGAAGGCUCCAGCCUGGAUUAUGCUGUGCAUGUCCUAAAGUCCACUGGCUAUGGCACUGUCCGCAUUGGUGUUGCCAAACCCCUGCCGCUGGAACUGUGUGGCGGUUUGACACCCAUCUCAGAGAGGAGCGCACGGGCUUCAUGCGAUGACACCGACAGCCACACUCAGGUCAGCUUGUUAGCUGAAGCAGCUGAGGCUAACAUCAACACCACCACUCGCAACUCCGAGGACAACAGGAUCAACCAACUGUGCUUCACGGAAAACCGACUACGUCACCGUUUUGGCAUCAUGGAAGAUGACGACAGGCAGCAAGCCCCACCUCUGCCCCCCCGCACCAGCUUUGAGAAGACAAUCACUGUUGUCCGGGGCAACCGUAGCCUUGGGAUGUCGGUGAGUGCUAUCAAGGACGGCUCAGGCAUGCUGGUGCGCAGUGUGGUCCAGGGGGGCUCUGUUAGCCAGGAUGGAAGGCUAGGGGUGGGGGACGCCAUCAUGGCCAUCAACGGAGAAACUACCUCCAACCUGACUAACGCCAAGGCCAGGGCCAUGCUCCGCAGACACUCUGUCAUAGGGCCAGAGAUGAGUAUAACCUUUGUCCCAGCCCAUCAGGUGGAUGACCACCGCACUCGUCUGUGUUUGCCUCCUCUGGCAUCAAUCCCAACAGACAGCGCCUCUCCAUCACCCACCCAGCUAACUCCUUCUCCGGAGCCUCCAUCCGACCCACCCAGGUCCUCCAGUCCCUCGGCCUUGUCCAUGCUUAGACCGUCUGCCUCGGUCAAAUUGAAAGCAGCAACUCCAGAUCCAGCCGCAGUCAGAGCUUCUGCUUCAUUCAAAGCUCCAUCCAAAGGCUCAGCCACAGUACCCACCAUCACCCCAGCCUCAGACUCAAGUUGGCAGAUUCCAAAAUUUCUACCUCACAAGAACAAGGGAGAAGGAAAAGAUGGAGAUAUUGUGAAGGAAAAAGGGGAUAACAUUAUUGCCGAUGGGAAAGUACCAAAACCAGACGUGAAGAUAAAGGUGGAUGAUAAAGAAGAGGGAGAUGAAGAGCUUCAUUCUCACACCACAGUAUCUUGGGAUCAACCUAAAAGCGUGUGGCUGACUCGAGCGCCAGGCCAGUCCCUUGGUAUCAGCAUAAUGGGAGGCAGAGGCAUGGGCCGAAGACUGAGCAGUGGAGAGAUGAUGAGGGGAGUCUUCAUCAAGCACAUCAGCCCCGACAGCCCGGCAGCACAUAAUGGCACCCUCCGGACUGGAGACAGGAUACUAGAGGUGUGCGGUGUGGACCUAAGAGAUGCCAGCCAUGAGCAGGCAGUGGAGGCCAUCCGCAGGGCUGGAGACUCUGUCAUUUUCCUGGUCCAGUCCGGACAAUACAGAUUUCAGUCUCCCACUCACAUCAACCAUGAAAGACUAACUCCAACACCACAGUCCAACUCACACAGCAGCAAGGAAGCAGAUACUCUCAGUGGUCUGUUCCUUAGUCUCUCCCCUGCAAACCCCUUCACUCCCACCCCGUUUAAGGUACCAUCGCCAACAUCCGAGAGAGUGGAUCGGAGAAGCCCCAUAAGUGUCGCAGCACCAAUCACAGCGGCAGCUGAAGACGAGGACGCCACUGGCAGGAAAAAGAUGCUUCAGCGCUAUGGCAGCCUGUCUGGGAAGCUCCACAUGAUUGAGCUGGAGAAAGACCCCAAGGCUCACGGCUUGGGAAUCAGCCUCAUGGGCAACAAGGACGGCUCAAGGGCCCGUAUGAGUGUCUAUGUGGCAGAUAUAGACCCCCAAGGGCCUGCUGGUGUAGAUGGCAGGAUACAGGUUGGGGACGAGCUGCUCGAGAUUAAUGGUCAGAUCUUGUACGGCCGGAGUCAUCAAAAUGCCUCCACGAUCAUCAACAACAUUCCAUCUAAAGUCAAGAUCAUUCUCAUCAGACACAAAGCAGCUCCAGGCCAAAUGGUCCAGGGAUUCAGAACGGAAUGUGAGGACACAGUCGACUCCCAGACAAACACUUCAGUGUCUGGAGGAUUAUCCAGAGACAUCGAGCACAUUAUCCUGCCUCAGGAUCAUGUAGGUCUUGGCCUUUGCCUGGUGGAGGACGAUUCAAAGGGAGGACUAGUGAUCCGGUCUCUGACCCAGCAUGGAACUGCCAGUAAGGAUGGCAGGAUAAAGGUUGGAGACAGAAUAGCAGCGGUGGGCGAUGAACCUGUGGCUGGACUGUCGGUGGACAAGGUGUCCAGUUUGAUUCUCAAACACCGGGUCACUGUCAAGCUCUCCAUCAGCCGUUCCAAGAGUCUCUCCUCCUCCUCCUCCUCCUCUUCUUCGUCCUCUCAACCUCCCCCUGCAUCACUUUCCAACCCCUGCGCUCUCUCCCCUGCUUCCUCUCUAGUCCAUCCUGUUCCCUCCUCCUCCUCCUCCUCCUCCUCCUCCUCUUCAUCUGUCAAAACCAUGCAGACCUCUCCAACAGAGAAAUCUGACCAGCUAGGAUCUGCUCCCACAAUCUCUGACCCCGUGAGCUGCCCGCUCACAGCUGGAAAGGAAACUACGAUAGAGAUUUGUAAAGGAAAUGUUGGCCUGGGCCUCAGCAUUGUAGGAGGAUGUGACACUCUGCUGGGGGCAGUAAUAAUCCAUGAAGUGAAUGAUGGAGGAGCAGCACAAAGAGAUGGAAGACUGCAAGCAGGAGACCAGAUUUUAGAGGUAAAUGGCAUAGACCUGCGGCAGGCCACUCAUGAUGAGGCCAUCGCUGUGCUGCGGCUCACCACCCAGCGAGUUCGGCUGUGCAUUUUCAGGCAUCAAGAGGCUUACAGGGAGGAGGACCUGUGGGACGUCUUCAGCCUGGAGCUUAGGCCUUGUCCCGGAGAGGGACUGGGCUUCACCACUGUGGGGAAGAGUAAUGACACGGGCAUCUUUGUAUCAGAUAUCAUCAGAGGAGGCGUAGCGGAUUCAGAUGGCAGGUUGUUGCUAGGUGAUCAGAUUCUGUCAAUCAAUGGAGAGGAUGUCCGUGCAGCAUCACAGGAGCAUGCACAGAAGCUUCUGCAGAGUUGCAGUGGAGCAGUUCACCUUGAGGUGGCCCGUUUUAGAGCUGGGGUGCAGUACUCAAAGCGAAGUCAGGAGUAUUUUAAGUUUUGUUUUAUCCAGAGUGAAGACUCCGACUGUUCCACCCUGACGCCCUCAAGUGCAUGUGGAGCGUUCUUCAGCCACCAGAGGGAGACAGAUAACAAAACAGGAAGUUACACAUUUCAAGACUCUGACAUCAGAAAAAUAAUAAUACAAAAGGGUCCAUGUGACUCCCUGGGCAUCAGUGUAGCUGGAGGAGUGGGCAGUCCCCAUGGCAACGUACCUCUUUUUAUUGCUUCCAUGGAUACGAAUGGACUGGCUGCCAAAACACAGAAAUUACAGACAGGAGACCGAAUCCUCAGUAUCAAUGACGUGCCCACUGAAGGAAUGACUCACAUCCAUGCCGGAGUGCUGCUGAAGAACGCCACUGGAACCAUCAGUCUGCAGGUGGCAGCAGAUUCUAGAGAAAGCAGCGCAAAGGAUCACAGCAACGCUCGGCCGGCAGGUCAACCCGGCAGCCUGACCUGCUUUCACAACAACCUCUGUGCUCGCACAUAUAAGACCAUCACUCUGGAGAGAGGCUCCUCAGGCCUGGGCUUCAGCAUUGUAGGAGGGUUUGGCAGCCCUCACGGAGACCUGCCGAUCUACAUCAAAACUGUCUUCAGCAAGGGUGCAGCCAUAGAGGACAGAAGGCUGAAACGUGGAGAUCAGAUCAUUGCUGUGAAUGGACACUGCCUGGAGGGUGUGACUCACGCUGAAGCCGUGGACAUCCUGAAGAAGACCAAAGGAACCGUGGUCCUCACCGUGCUCUCCUGA